AUGUCGAGCGAACCGCAAUGUUUGACCUUCCAGACACCGAUGGGCUCCUCUGCACAACCGAGCUUUCCCCAGCAACAUCAGCCUGAAUUAUCCCAUCACCAGACCAUUACUCAAACCGGAAUGUCGCAAGCACAAGGCAAGGGUGGGCCAACAGCCGCAGCCGCGUUCCUGAAAGAAUUUAGUCUCGUUGCGGAGGCUGCAAAACGGGCGCAGAUGGCUGUUGUGAUGAGGGACUUGGAAAGCAUUUCCCUAUAG